UUACGUUUCUAGCGAAUAGUACUUUUCAUAAAUUAUCAUGUGUACCCUUUCUCUGGUUGUGCACUGGAGCUACUUUACUGUUUGCUAAAACUGUCAACAGAGGGCGUUAUUACAGUCUGCCUCUAGCUCUCAAGCAAGGCCGGAAAUCAUAAGCUUGAAAACACACCUGACGAGGGGAACCAGACACUACUAAAACAACUGUUUUUCGGCUGUUCUGCGCGCGGUGACACUGCACUGAUUACAAAAAUGACGAGUUUGAGUCGCUUAGAAAAGUUGGGUACCAUUUUCACAAGGGUGCGUGACCUGAUGCGGGCAGGUGUCAUGAAGGAAACAGACAAGCCGCUCUGGUACGACGUCAUGGCCGCGUUCCCGCCCAGAGAUGCACCAACGUUCAACCAAGAUUACAAGAAGGAUUUCCUGCCUGAGAUAUUAUAUGAAGAGGAUGCCGUUCGAUCGCAGUUUUACAAAGUCUACAGUAACCAAACGGCCAUUGAUUUGACCAAGCACGAGGACAUACAACUCUCACCGUGUCACAGGUUCAUCACCAAGUAUCAGGAGUUGCAGAGGGAAGGCACCAGACUACCGGAGGAGUUGUUUGAGGUCACAGCGGCAGCCUUGGCGGAGGAAGGCCUUGUCCUUCGAAAGAGAAACGAGAGACGACAGCCAAACAGGGAAAAGGAAGCAUUACAAGACGGAAGGCCCGUCACGAAAGGAUUAGCACAACUCCUCAAACAAGCCUUGGACAACCAGAGCAAGGAGACAGAUACCUCUUCCACAACAAUAGGUGGCGCUUCGACAGAAGACAAAACAAACAGAUGACAGGGUUUUAUUCAUUUAAUAUUUUGAAUGGGAUAUUUCUGUAAAAAAAAAAAAGGCUCUUUUAUUCAGUCAGACCAAAGUUCCGGAAUUGAUGCAGCAUGCAUUUUGGGUUUUUUUCCCCUUUGUUUUUUAAAGCUUGGAUUGUACAGACAAAGUAGGUACAUGUAGUAUUUUGCAUUUUUUGUAUGCUCAUUUACCUCGGUGUCCUCCAUCAUUUGCCUUGUUGCCUUCCAUCAUUUGCCUUUGUGCCCUUGUGCUCCUUGGUACGAAAAUUU